AUGACGGAAGUAAAGUUUCCGGAAAUACAUCGGUCAAAUGAACAUUCGAGUGAUAAUGAAGGUUUCGGACAAGGCAGGAAAUCACCGGAACAUCUUCCGAAGGUCAACAGUCCGGGACCCCAUCAGGAGGACAAAGAAACACACGAGACUAGUUUACCACAAAUCACUGACCAAAGGGCACUCACAUCUGCAACAACCGAACAAGACAAAUCCCUAAAACAAGAGUUUCUGAAACCUGCAACAACCGAACAAGACAAAUUCCUGAAACAGAAACCCCUUGAAGCAGCAGCAGCUCAACAAGACAAAUCUGUAAAACAGGAAAGUAUCAAACCUGCAAAAACCGAACAAAGCGAAUCGGGCAAGCAGGAAGUUAUCAAACCCGCAACAACCGAACAAAGCGAAUCGGGUAAGCAGGAGAGCAAAGAAAAGGACAAAACUGCGCUUAAUCAAAGUGUUGAAAAAGUAGACAAACCAGAAAAGACCCAAGCAACUGAACACAAAAACAAAAGGGAAAAUAAGAUCCAGUUCAAAAACGCUGCAAAUCUUUCUAACAGAGACAGACACAUCAAAACUCAGGAACUACCACGUCUUCCAAUCAUCAAAGAAGCCGUAGUAGGUUCUCCGGAGAUCAUCGCCAAAAAGUUUAAUUCUUUACAAAAGCGAGAACUUGCAUUUAAGAAAUUAUUCCAGAAUAAGGAGAUCCACGUUUUCGAUUACAAGAUGCUUCCUAGGAUAAACCCAAGCAAAUCCAAUUUGAUAUCGAGGCUGGAUCCCUACACAGUCGAACAGGGAGAAAAAGAAAUGAAGAGAAUUACCAGAUCCAUCCCGUCAAACCCGGACUCGGACCAUGGCUAUCUGUACCGGAAAACCGCCGUGGACAUGUUGGAUCCUUGGGAUUUCUUGGAACUAGACAGUGUAGAGUCUUCCAGAAGAACCAUUCCGCGCUACAGAGGAUCUCAAAAGCGUCGCAGGGAUUACCCUAACAGACCAGCACCAGAGGGAAGCACAUAUUUUCCAAAAUUCCCAAAUGUAAACUACCCUUAUGCCGGAUCAGAGAGUCCCACGCGUAUGUUCGAACUUGAUGACGUACCAAAGGUCAGAAAACAACUGAAGAAGAAGUGGAGUAAGCGGUCUCCUGAACGCGUAAAGAAAGACUACGCCAAAACCAGGAACGACUUCUACCGAAUGGAACUCGACAAAUUAAAUGAGAUGCGUCCCACCUACAACAGGCCUAGCAUGGUUAACACAUACAACGCCUACCUAAAGAAUACACCAGGAUCCAAACAAGCGCUGAACGACUGCAUCAGCGGAAUCGAAGACAAACUUCUCAAAGACCAAGCCAACGUAAGUCUUCUGCCCAAACAACCGAAACCGCCAUUGAGAAAGUCUCAUUCCACUCUGACCAGCGGGAGAAGUACUCGCCAGAGAGUCAUCAAAAUGGUAGAGACGCCGAAAGUGGACGUCCCCAGGUCUACGCUGCAAUCUCGGCAGACGAUAGAAUCGGCGGGAUAGACUUAAAAGUUCUGUGAUAUGAAUUCUAUUUAGGCUGAUCAUUAUAUAUCUAAAGUUUUGCUUAUGCUUCACCAAAAAUGACAGAAGAGGUUAUGAACUGAUAAUUUGUGUGUGACAAACUGUCGUUGAACAUUCUUUGAUGAAAAAUGAUUCAUUCUAUAUAUAUAUGCAUGAUUUCACAAUUUUGAAUCGUUCAAUUCAUUCAUGUCUGGUACAUGUAGUUUAACAGACGAAUUUACAUACAAAUGUAUAUAUGUAAGGGAUUUGAAUUUGGUGCAAAUCUUAUUUUAAGUGCUUGUGAAUCAUAUAAAGAAUCGCACUCAUUCUUAAGAACUGACGCGAUUUUCAACUUGACGAUUCGUUGUUGAUUCUGUUUGUGAAAUCUGUGAUAAUACUGAUAUAGAAUUUGUACUUUGUAAUAUACUAAAGACUUUUAUGAGAACAUAGUCUCAAUAUCUUUUACUUGAUGAGCUUCAGCAACAUGGAUUUAGGGGAGGUGUUAUUGGUUGAAAAUCACUUCCCUGAUCGAGUGCAUCAAUUUGUAUUGGAAUAUAUUCUUUUGGACAAGCAAGAAA